AGACGGUCUUGUGGCAGGACGCUUCCGCCAACAGCAGGGUAUGUUGACAUGCUGAGAGUCUACUGACAGGUGAGCUCUCUUUCCACCUCGCAGCAUCAGUAAGCUUUGUUUUGUGCUCAUUAAUGGUAACAGUGCAGCAAAUUAUCCAAAUUUACUCUGUUAAUUUCAAAGUUGGCUUCAUAUUCCUCAGAGCAGCUCUGUUUGUCCAAUGAAAGUCUAUAGUUAGCUAACAGCUCAGGUCAAAUGAGGAUAAAGGAAACACAUUUGGAGCAAAUUAAUAAGAUAACAUGAAAUGAUGAGAACACGUGUUUUUGUUUGGCUUCUGGCAAACAUGACAACGUUAAAAACUGUUUGUCUUUUGGGACCUCUGCCUUUGAGCAGCAGACAUUACUAAAACAGACUAUGUAAUUUUGUCUCUCAUCGACCUUGGUCACUUACUGUAACUUUAAGAGUAUUGCUGAUUAAAAAGUUUCCAGGCUUAUACCACACCCACACAUGGACUUUUAUAUUUUGUCUUAAUGUCUUCCACCUAGUGUUUGCAAACUCAGUAGAUUUGGUAACUUUUAGUGUAGUCUCAGUGGAGGAUAAUACAUGAAAUUUAACUUCUACCCUACAACUAGGGCUGGGCGAUGAAACCAUAACGAUAUAUGUCGAAAAUAAUUUCCCUCAACAUCAAUAUGAAACAAGGUCAAUAUGCUUUUUGAUAGCCGUCCCUCUGCCACGUUUUGGUAGAUUAUACAAAUAACCAGUGAAAAGGGGGGUUGCUCCAGGUCCUCUUCACACUGAACCAAUUAUGUGCUGAACUAGAACCAAGAAGCAAACAACUGUGUAGUAGCACUUUAACACGUGAAGCCGACAGCACUGUUAAAAUGUAUCUUUGUAGUUGUUGUUUUCUGUCGAUUUUAAAGUGUUGUAUCAUGUGUCUCAUUUCCCAAAAGCCAAAUCAGGGACAAGGACUGCAAAAUAACCAUAGCUAGAAGUUCAUUAAAGUUUGCAUUGGUCGCUCUAAAGUUGGAUGUAAUGAUACCGAGAUGUGUUGUUCCUGUCAGUUAAACAGAUGAAUAAAGGAUACAAAUGAGCAAACCCCUGUUAACACUGCAUUUUGAAAAUUUAGUGUGAACAGCUGUAAUAAAUCAACAAGGUUGAUAGUCAAUCAGGUGACACAUUGUCCACAUGAUGCAAAACGUUAAAUUACGACUGAAAAUUGCAAAGAAAAGGGUAAACUUGUUAACAAAAAGGCAGAGUUUAAUGCUUAUUGCAUGAGUGAUAAGAGCAAAUUUAUCCUUAUAUAUUUAUUUAAAGCCAAGGCAUGUUUAGGAACUUUGUUUAAGGAAAGUCCAAACAGCAAUAUUGAUGACAAAACUUGUGAGUUGAAUGCAGGACACAGAGUAGCAUGCCAAAAUAUCACAACACUCCCACCUAAUAUUUUUACAUGUAAGAUAUUUGAAGCUGCCUAUAUAUACCACACUUUCAUGAUUUCUAACAGUUUCAUGUCUGCUUUGUUUUUAUUGUUGUAUGCUUUUACUGACAGCUUAUUUCAUCUUCUUUUGUCUUGUUUUUGGUUUGAACUACGAACCAAAUAACUUUUUCACCUUACCAGGUCUGCGGCCUGUUUACCAGCAGUAGUGUAACCAAAGACUGGAGGGAUGCCACCUUUAGUCGGAGCUGAGUUGGUCCAGAAUCCGCUGCAGCUCUAUCGAUAUCUGCUCAGAUGCUGCCGACUGUUACCAACCACAACAAUGCAGCAACAUUACAGACAUGCCAUCAGACAGGUGAGGUCAACAAAAGUAGCUGUCGAAAAGCUUAAUGUGUUUUUGAAUAAUCGUGGACCUUAGAUUAUAUAUUUACAAUGAUAUACUUGUAUGUACGCACAAUGACAAGAAGGGCCUUUAUGCUCAAGAAGAAAGAGAGAUGAAGAGUGAAAUACAUCCACGUUUUCGAAGAUUACAUAUCCAUUCUGAUGCAGUUACAUAAUUUCUUGAUUUGUAUCAGUUCUUAGUGAUUUCAGAUUUUUAAUUGAUUAUUUGAUAACUCAAACUAGAAUAAUUGGGUUUAUGCAGACUUGAAAUAUUGGGGUCUGACUUUAAAUUGACGGACCAAAAACAAGAAUGUGAGUAUAAAAAAAAAUGAAGUAAUAACCUUUCAUUCUUGUCUUGGUUCUGGCGUGAAUUUUGGCUAAUGUUGGGAUGAUUGAAAUCAGUAAAACCAGCAACAGUAUCCAAUCAUAUUAGCACUGAUAUAGGAGGUAUGUCGCAUGAUAAAAAAAGAGUACUUUUUAAAAGAGACCAGAAGGAUGGAUCUGUUCAGUAUGAAAAUGUUCAAACAGGGUUUUCACGCAUUUUAUUGAGGGGGAAAUUCCUUUAAUAUUUUUGUCUGACUCAGAGAAUUCACACUACAAUGAUUUAAAAACACCUAAACAUGGGUUGAGUGUUGAAAAUACAUAAGAUGUCUCUUCGGACAUCCUGGCGCUGACCUUUUCUUCAUGAACAGACAAAACUUUUCUUGUAUUCUGUUGAUACAGAUGUGAUUUUUGACUAAACCAGAAAUAGCCCUCACAGUACAACAAAGAUGCAAUGAAGGAUAACAACACAAAAUUGAAAGACUGUCUGUUUGCUUUAAGUCAGCUUCUGUUUCUCUGCCAUACUUAAUGUUUUACACUCUGCCUGUGUUUUAAAUCCAACAGGUAUUUUUUCAUCAUUUUAUUUUAACCAUCUAAUCAGAGGGUAGCUGAUAACUGACUUAGCUUUGUCUGACUGCUUCAAAAUAGUGUGAAAGUAUGACAAAUAACCCCAGGCCUUCACUUUUCUGAGCCCCUUGUGUUCGAUGUUUUCCCUUUGUGAGAGUUUAAAUAUAAAAACUAAUGAUUCAUAAACCUUUGUUUUUACGUGUUUUUCUUUUCUUGUCAGGGUUACAACAGCCAUUCAGAUGAAGAUGACCAGGAGAGGAUCCAAAUGAUCAUCCAAAGGGCGAUUACAGAUGCAGACUGGAUUCUUGAUAAAGUAAGCUGCCCUUCAAAGGCGAUAGUACACGCAUGGUCUAAAACCAUUUUGGUCAACGUUGAGUUCAGCUGGAUUUAGUCCUUGAGUAAAUGUUGCAUUAAAAAUAUUGGAAACUAUCAAAAUUUGGUAACAACAGUUUUGUUCUGAAAUGAACCAAAAAAGCAGGUGAAACAAAUGACCACAUUUACAUCAGAGAUAAUCCACUCUGUCUUUACAAUUAUCUAUAAAGCUGUGAAAUUAUUCCAGCUGAGGGUCAUAGCUCACAUCACAUGAAUUCAUUCACACUACCUACAGCAUAAUCCAGUCCAAAAACUAUUGAGGCAAAGUCUCUGUUCCAGUGUUUGUGUUGUUACUGCUCUUUGCCUUAGUCAGGGCAGCGUGAUCAGCUUUUGAUAGCCACAGAAAUGCUGAAUUCUCCUGUUUCUGUCAUUCGCAGUACACCAAGAAGAAGUGAACCCUGCAGAGCGUGAAAUCAUCCUCGCCGCCACAGGAAAUGGCUCACAGGAUGUGUUGUUUGUGUGUUAUUUGUUCUUACUGUUGUGUGGAUGUGUGCCUAGAAGUUCAACUACUGUAAAUACAGUUAUCAGACUGAGGUGGGUUUAUGAUUAUGUAUUGUAUUUCUAUUCAAUAAAUAAAUGCAUAUUUGCAGAAUCAGUUGUAUUUAAGACAGUCACAAAUAUCAACCUUGAUUUCUCAGGAUCACCACACCCCUGAGCUGUAGCACAUUUUAAUUCAACCAAAGGUUUCACAGCAACCUGUUUUGAGGCUGUGAGGUCACUAUUUUUGGAUUCCCAUUUGUUUUUCUCAAUGUUUUGUGGAUCUUGUGAACCAGAAGCAAGCAUAUUUUGAUGACAAGAAGUGCUUUUCUACUUAAGGAACUCAGAGAUCUUCAAUGACAACACACUUUGUUGUGCAACAAAAUCCACUAUUUAUUCAAGUAUAAUCCUUUGUCGACUAAAUUAACGCAUAAAAUACACAUAACAGAUAAGGGGAAGAAGAAGAUCUGAAAACAGGAGACUGUACUGGUCCGGUGUUGUGCCCACAGACUGUCUGUACCAGAGGAAUGGAUUAAAAAACAAACAUGGCCACACAAAGA